ACAUAAUAUGACUGCUAUACAAAUUUCAGUAGACCACUAUCAUUAUGAUCAUCCACUGAACUUUGGGUUAGAGAGGUUGUCAAGCAGGUGAAAUAUUAUUUAAAGUGCACAAAUAAAUCUGCCUCAAUACAAAAUAAAAUGAAAUGCAUUUUAGGCCCUGCCCCUUAUUGUGCUUGUGCCCUGAUGGGUGGUGUCAAGAUUAAACAACACAGCAAGUCAAUAAAAGGAGUAGACAUAGUAAUAUCACUUAAUGACUGGGCUCACUAAGGGGGGAAACAUGGGGAAAGUCAUGUGGGCAUUUUUAGAUUUCAACUUGUUCUCACUGAUGUAUUUCAUGUUGUUGUGUUCCUACUUUUCUUCUGCUGUGUCCUCCCUCCUUUCUUCCUCUUCCUGCCGGAUACAGGGCCAGUUUCAUCUAAAUGGGAUGCACAAGGCUGGAGAUGUUGUUCUAGGUGGGCUGUUUGAGAUCCACUUAUUUUCUGUCUUUCCUGACCUGUCUUUCACCUCAGAGCCACAACAGCCUACCUGCCACGGUUUUGAUUUUCUAGGAUUCAGGCAGGCUCAGACCAUGGCCUUUGCUAUUGAUGAGAUCAACAGAAACUCCGAGCUUUUACCUAAUCUGACUCUGGGAUACAGUCUUUAUGAUAACUGCAUCAAACUAAGAAUUGGAUUCCCUGCAGCCUUGUCCUUAGUCAGUGGUCAAGAGAAGCAGUUUAUAUUAGACAAGACCUGUGUAGGAACCCCCCCAGUCCUAGGGAUUGUGGGUGAUUCUACCUCUACAAGUUCUAUUGCCAUCUCCAGUGUCUUAGGUUUGUACAGAGUACCAAUGGUGAGUUAUUUUGCCACAUGUUCCUGCCUGAGUGACCGGCAAAAGUUUCCAUCCUUCUUUAGAACCAUCCCAAGUGACGCUUUCCAGGUGCGUGCUAUGAUUCAAAUUCUAAACCACUUUGGCUGGACCUGGGCAGGUCUGCUGGUCAUUGAUGAUGAUUAUGGACUCUAUGCUGCCCGAUCCUUCCAAUCUGACUUUGUUCAGUCUGGUGGAGGUUGUCUGGCCUACUUAGAGGUUUUGCCCUGGGGCAAUGACCCAGCUGAAUUAAGGAGGAUUGUGGAUGUGAUGAAGAAAUCUACAGCUCGAGUGGUCAUUGUAUUUGCACAUGAGAGUCACAUGAUUAACCUCAUCGAAGAGGUGGUGUGGCAGAAUGUGACAGGCCUGCAGUGGAUCACCAGUGAAGCUGUGAUAGCAGGUACUGUGUUCCAGACCCCCGACCUCAUGCCUUACCUGGGUGGCACACUGGGUAUCGCAAUCCAUAGAGGAGAAAUAGCAGGGCUCCAGGAUUUUCUCCUACGAAUACGUCCUGACCAACACAACAAUGACUAUGGAAAUGGCAUAGUGAAACAGUUUUGGGAAUACACAUUUCAGUGCAGAUUUACACCACCUCCAGAAGGUUGGGUGGAAGCUGGAGGAGCACUAUGCACUGGACAGGAAGAUCUAGAGAAUGUGGAGACAAAGUUCUUGGACAUUUCAAACCUCAGGCCAGAGUACAAUGUGUACAAGGCUGUGUAUGCUCUGGCAUAUGCCCUUGAUGAAAUGCUGCAGUGCAAACCAGGGAGAGGGCCUUUCAUUGGGCACAGCUGUGGUAAUUUACAAAGGCCGGAACCAUGGCAGCUUGUGUAUUACUUGGAAAAGGUCAACUUCACCACACCAUUUGGUGAUCAAGUGUCGUUUGAUGAGAAUGGUGAUGCCUUACCAAUCUAUGAUAUCAUGAACUGGCUGUGGCUCCCUGAUGGAAGAACUAAACUUCAGAAAGUGGGUGAAGUUAAGAGGUCAGCCUUCAAAGGUGAAGAACUCACAAUUGAUGAAGACAAAAUCUUCUGGAACUUUGAAUCAAAAAAGCCACCGCGGUCAGUGUGCAGCGAGAGCUGUCCUCCAGGUACUCGCAUGGCCAGAAAGAAAGGGGAACCUGUGUGCUGUUUUGACUGCAUCCCUUGUUCUGAGGGAAAGAUCAGCAAUAAGACUGACUCCACUGAGUGCAUCAGUUGUCCAGAGGGCUUCUGGUCCAGCCCCCAACGUGACCAGUGUGUUCCUAAGAAAACAGAGUUCCUCUCCUACCAUGAACCUCUGGGUAUCUGCUUGACAACUGCCUCAUUGCUGGGCACAUUUAUCUGUGUUGUAAUCCUAGGGAUCUUUAUCUCUCAUCGCAGAACACCUAUAGUGAGUUAUUUUGCCACAUGUUCCUGCCUGAGUGACCGGCAAAAGUUUCCAUCCUUCUUUAGAACCAUCCCAAGUGACGCUUUCCAGGUGGUGAGACAGAAUGUCACAGGCCUGCAGUGGAUGGCCAGUGAAGCUGGGAUAGCAGGUACUGUGUUCCAGACCCCCCACCUCAUGCCAUACCUGGUUGGCACAAUAGGCAUCGCCAUCCGUAGAGGAGAAAUAGCAGGUCUCAGGGAUUUUCUCUUGCAAAUACGUCCUGACCAACACAGCAAUGACUAUAGAAGUAGCAUGGUGGCACAGUUUUGGGAAUACACAUUUCAGUGCAGAUUUACACCACCUCCAGAAGGUUGGGUGGAAGCUGGGGGAGCACUAUGCACUGAACAGGAAGAUCUAGAGAAAGUGGAGACAAAGUUCUUGGACAUUUCAAACCUCAGGCCAGAGUAUAAUGUGUACAAGGCUGUGUAUGCUCUGGCUUAUGCCCUUGAUGAAAUGCUGCAGUGCGAACCAGGGAGAGGGCCUUUCAGUGGGCACAGCUGUGGAAAUUUGCAAGGGCUGGAACCAUGGCAGCUUGUGUAUUACUUGGAAAAGGUCAACUUUACAACACCAUUUGGUGAUCAAGUGUCAUUUGAUGAGAAUGGUGAUGCCUUACCAAUCUAUGAUAUCAUGAACUGGCUGUGGCUCCCUGAUGGAAGAACUAAACUUCAGAAAGUGGGUGAAGUUAAGAUGUCAGCCUUCAAAGGUGAAGAACUCACAAUUGAUGAAGACAAAAUCUUCUGGAACUUUGAAUCAAAAAAGCCACCCCGGUCAGUGUGCAGCGAGAGCUGUACUCCAGGAACCCGCAUGGCCAGAAAGAAAGGGGAACCUGUGUGCUGUUUUGACUGCAUCCCUUGUUCUGAGGGAAAGAUCAGCAAUAUGACUGACUCCACUGAGUGCAUCAGUUGUCCUGAGGAUUUCUGGUCCAGCUCCCAGCGUGACCAGUGUUUUCCUAAGAAAACAGAGUUCCUCUCCUACCAUGAACCCCUGGGUAUCUGCUUGACAACUGCCUCAUUGCUGGGCACAAUUAUCUGUGCUGUUGUCCUAGGGAUCUUUAUCUCUCAUCGCAGAACACCCAUAGUACGCGCCAACAAUUCAGAACUGAGUUUCCUGCUCUUGGUGUCACUUAAACUAUGUUUCCUUUGCUCACUGCUGUUUAUUGGACGUCCCAGGCUGUGGACAUGCCAGCUGAGACACGCAGCAUUUGGGAUCAGCUUUGUGCUUUGUGUCUCAUGCAUUCUGGUGAAAACUAUGGUGGUUCUGGCUGUGUUCAAGGCCUCCAAGCCAGGAGGUGGAGCCAGUCUGAAGUGGUUUGGUGCUAUGCAGCAGAGAGGGACAGUUAUUGUUCUUACUUCUAUUCAGGCAGCAAUCUGCACUGCCUGGCUUGUAUCUUCCUCACCUUCACCUCAUAAAAACACUCAAUACCACCAUGAUAAGAUAAUUUAUGAGUGUGUAGUCGGGUCCACAGUUGGUUUUGCAGUGUUAUUGGGUUAUAUCGGCUUACUGGCUACCCUCAGUUUUCUGACUGCAUUUAUAGCAAGGAAUCUUCCAGAUAGCUUCAAUGAGGCCAAACUCAUCACUUUCAGCAUGCUGAUCUUCUGUGCUGUGUGGGUGGCCUUUGUCCCUGCAUACAUCAGCUCACCAGGCAAAUAUGCAGAUGCAGUGGAGGUAUUUGCUAUCCUGGCCUCCAGUUUUGGUCUCUUGGUAUCACUGUUUGGACCCAAAUGUUACAUAAUCCUGCUGAGACCAGAGAAAAAUACAAAGAAAGCUAUAAUGGGUCGAGGCAUCCAAUCAUAA